UAGAGGGGAAACCCCUUCUCCAUUGGAUACCUACAGUAAACUCUGCCCCCCUCCUGACUGUCCUACUGAGAUGUCUGGUUGGCCUGCUGACAGUAGAAGUGCUGGCUCAAAGCUCUCCCAGUUGGUCUCCACUCACCAAAGAAAGCAGUUGGAAGAUCUCAGCCUGAGGGAGGAGCCAGUAGAUACUGAAGAGGGUGGUGCCUAUAGUGACGAUGAGGAGUUAGAGGACGAGGACGAAGAAUACCUGCUAAGAAAUGCUACACCGUAUGAGGACAGCUGCAGUAGUGAGAGUAGUACCAGAGUGCUGUGCGAGGUGCAGGCACUUAGUGACUUUGUGGCCAUUGAGGAUAAAGACCUUGGCUUCAAGGACAGGGAGAUACUCGUCAUCAUGGAAACAAGCUUUGUGGAUGGAUGGCUUCUGGCUCAAAAUGCACUGGGAGAGAGGGGCUACAUUCCCAGCAACUAUGUCCAGAGGUUGCCAUUUUCUGAUAAAACGGCCAGAGCAGCAUCACCUGCAGUAGGUGGGACUUCAAUCGCCCCUAAAAAUAGCCGAGAUCUUUGGGCCAAACUGAAGGCCACCGUCACACAGACCAGUCUGGCUGAUGUCCUGAAUGCCCUGGGGGCUAUACCGUCUGGCUUCAGGGACUCCACCCUCUCCAAACUAUUGAGCAGCUCUCGCAACUAUCUCUGCUCCACAUCUGCUACUCCUAAAUUGUCAGUCACUGGAAUGGCCUUCAAAGAUUUGCACUGGGACUUUGUGCAGGAUCAGCUUCAACCGAAGGCUACUAAAGUGAGUCGGGAGUUUUCAGUGCUGGCCGCCAAGAGCAUCCCCCUCCCUGGUAAAGGGGUCAAAGUCCUCUCACGACAUGUACGAGUGGCUGUCUUCAACAAGAAUGAUGUUCUGAGCAACAUUCACACGGUGAGGGCGGUCUGGCUACCCACAGAGGAGAGGAGCUGGAAGUUCUCCCCAAGGGCUCAGAGCUCCACAGACAGCUUGCUGCAUCCUGUAGGUGUGGUCAGAAUGAACUCGGAGGAUACUAAUAUUGAGCUUUUAUUUGAGCUUGGAGUGACUUUCCAAAGAGAGAAAACUGGGGAGGUGGGCGAGAUCAGUUGUGGCUGGAGCUCAUUACCUUUAUACGAGGCAACUGGAAAUCCAACACCCAACAAAACGUACGAACUGAAGGUUCACGGUGGGACCCCCUUUGAGAGUGAUGUGGAAUUAGACCCAGCUAGGAAUAUCAAGUCCUCUGGAGGGUUUAUUCCUGCGAUACUACGCACCAAUCAGACGCCUCGCUUGUACGUCCGUCUCUUGAACGUCCCCCGAGCAAGAAAGGCAGUCUAUGAUCUCAUCCCUCCGAGAAUCGUCACCAGUGCCCUGUAUGCACAGCUACUGGGUUUUUUCAGGCACCUUGUGGGAGUAGCCUUCUUAAGAGGCAGACAUGGGCUACCGUUAGAGUCCUGCAUAACGAAGCCUUCUCUGAAUGUGUUCCUGUGGGCCAUCGACCAACCUGAUGUUAUUGACGCUACUCUGGCACUCUUCAGUGAAAGAAUGAGACUAGCUAAAAGAGCUGAUAAGACUAAUUUGAAGUAUAAGACAGAGCAACUUGAAUGUGUUCUACUGCAGAAGAUUUAUCCUCUUCUCUCUCUCAACAAAUUUCCAAAACAGAUAUGGGCGGAUGAUAGCCAGGAAAAGGAAAGGAUGCGUUUUAUUGAAGAGAUUUCCAAAAAGGCUCAUCUGGCUGCCCUUGUUUCGGCAGAGUGUGUGCAGAAUUCUGUAGAUAUAAGUGAACAAUUUUUCAUUAUACCAUAUCCCUAAUGUGUAUGCAUUUGCAUGAAAUGCAACCUGGUGGUCACUUAUAAUUAUUUUAAUUGUAUUCAUUGUUUCUGCAAUGAUGUAAUGAAAAAUUGAUGCUUAG